GUUGUGUUUUUGCAUAUAUUUGUCCAAGUCAAGCCUCCAAGCAGGCUAACGUCCUAUGGUGCUACAAGAAAGAACUGACUUUCUCCUCACACGAAAGAAAAAUGAAGCAACUGCAGGCCAGGAUAAGAACUGGGCAAGUUGAUAUCAGAGAUGACCCAUUUGAAAUGUUUGUUUCCAUGACUGACAUCAGGUACUGCUUCUAAGAGACCCACAAGAUCCUGGGAAACACCUUCAAGAUGUGUGUACUGCAGGAUUUUGAGGCUCUGACCCCGAACAUCUUGUGCCGCACCAUGGAGACUGUGGAAGGUGGUGGAGUCAUUGUCCUACUCCCAGACUAUGACGCCGCUACGGCAGCUGUACACACACUCAGCAUGGAUGUGCAUGCUGCACGCACAGAGGUCCACCAGUAUGUUGUACCCAGAUUCAAUGAAAGAUUCAUCCUCUCCUUAGCUUCCUGCCCAUCAUGUGUGGUGUUAGAUGACCAGCUGCGUAUUCUACCUGUAUCGUCACACUUGCGAGACUUGCAACCAGUGCCCGCCAAAUCUGCCAACGCCCCGAUGUCGCCUCAAGACCAGGAACUGAAAGAUCUUAAGGAGUCACUCAAGGACAACCCUCCAAUAGGGCUCUUGGUAGACUUGUGCAAGACACUAGACCAGGCUAAGUCAGUGCUACAGUUUAUAGUGGCCAUCACAGAAAAGACACUCCGUACUACAGUCACUCUCACUGCUGGCAGAGGACGAGGCAAAUCUGCAGCACUUGGAAUAUCAAUAGCUGGUGCCAUUGCCUUUGGCUACUCCAAUAUCUUCGUCACAUCACCAAGCCCAGAGAAUUUAAACACCCUGUUUGAGUUUGUCCUUAAGGGCUUAAAUGUGAUGGGUUAUGAAGAGCACAUGAACUACCAGGUUCUGCGCUCAAGUGAUCCACAAUUCAGCAACUGUGUGAUGAGGGUGGCACUAACCCGGAACAGACAACAAGUUAUCCAGUACAUCACACCUAACGAGAGUAGUAGUCUUGGUCAGGCAGAACUUGUGGUGAUUGAUGAAGCUGCUGCCAUCCCUCUUCCUCUUGUUCGUAAACUUCUGGGCCCGUAUCUGGUGUUUUUAUCCUCUACUGUGUCUGGCUAUGAAGGCACAGGCAGGUCCCUCUCUCUCAAGUUAAUAGACCAGCUCAGGAAUCAGACCAAGACAAGCUCUGCAGAAGCUGAUCAUGGUGAUAAAAAGUCUGGAACAACAGAACUUGGUAGAGUUUUACAUGAGGUUACUCUGGAGGAGUCCAUUAGGUACAAGAGUGGUGACCCUGUGGAGUCAUGGCUCCACCAGUUACUUUGUCUUGAGGCCUCCCUCUCCACCCUGCCCUCCAACCUGCCUCCACCUAGUAAAUGUCAACUCUUUUAUGUCAACAGAGACACCCUCUUUGGCUACCACAAGGUUAGUAACUCCAUGUAUGGUAUGUGUUUAUUGAUGUACAGGGGGCCCCCCAAGUUCACGGAUUUAUAUUUAACUGUCCUCUAUUAUUUGCGGAUGAUACCCUGGAUGUACCCAAGAAUGUCUGUGGGUAGAUUAAAAAUUGCCGGCAUUUUUGCGGCUGGGACAGGAAGCCAUUCGCUCUAG